UGCAUCACAUUUUGACAAGCUCAAUUUCCAAACAAACACUUAAAGUUCUCUCAACUUGAGAGGGUCUUAAGGGAGAGCUUCUCCAUCCCUUCCCUUCACCCCUGCAUCUCCAAAAUGGCAUUCAUCAGCCAUCAUUUCGACAUUGAGAUGGUUGUCGUCUUUGGCAUUCUAGGCAACAUUGUGUCGUUCUUCGUGUAUUUGGCUCCAUUACCUACAUUUCGGAGAAUUUACAAGAAAAAAUCAACAGAAGGGUUCCAAGCAAUACCAUAUAUUGUAGCACUGUUCAGUGCCAUGUUAACUUUGUACUAUGGCUUGCUUAAGCCAGAUGGUUUCUGGCUAAUCACUAUUAACACCAUCGGAAUCUUGAUUGAAUCUGUGUAUAUCCUGCUCUUCAUGAUUUAUGCACCAAAGGAUGCCAAGAAAUUUACUGCCAAACUGCUUGUUCUGCUGAACGGAGCAGCAUUCGGGACAAUUAUAUUAACAACCUUGACAUUCUUCGAAGGGCCUGAUCGUAUCACGAUUGUUGGAUGGAUUUGUGCUGUGUUUUCUGUCUGUGUUUUUGUUGCUCCUCUCAGCAUUAUGAGGCUGGUUAUCAGAACAAAGAGUGUGGAGUUUAUGCCACUUUCACUGUCGUUCUUCCUUACUAUCUGCGCGGUAAUGUGGUUCUUCUAUGGUGUUCUGGCAGAUGAUUAUUUUGUUGCGACACCGAAUGUGCUAGGCUUUAGUUUCGGGAUUGUUCAGAUGGUCCUCUACAUGAUCUACAAGGACAAGAACAAACACGGAAUUCUUCCUAUUGUCAGCAUUGACGUGGAGAUGCAGGUGGACAAGCAUGUAGUUCCUUCCACCGCGAAGAUUGAUUCAGAAUUUGCAGAGGAUGAUCUCAAGAAAACCGCGAAAAUUGAUUCAGAAAUGCCAGAGGAUGGCACAAAGAUGAAUGAACAGAAUGCUGAACCAGCUGAGCAUCAAGAAGUUGUGGUAUCAGUAGUUAUAAGUACUGAUCAUGAUGGUAAAGAGCCUCAGGUCCACUGCAACACUAAAUUAUCUGUGGAAUACUAAUAUUUAACUUCGAAAGUCAAAUCGAAAAACCAAAUUGAAGGAGAUGGAGCUUGAAGGAGUAAUGAAGGAAGAAAAAUAGAAGAAACAGAUGUAAGCAAGAAAAGAACCAAGACAUUGCAUGUAUCAAGCUCCUCUUCCUACAAUUAUUAAAAUAAUCUAUUAAAUAUAUUGUUGUAAA